AUGACGAGCCUGGAAGAGGAGGAUUCUGGUAGGAAAUGGCUGCAGUCUCAUGAUCAUCUGUGUGGUCUGUCUAAGGAGCAGCUCACGAUUCUCAGAAACAGUGAGGAGAGACCUCUGAUGGUGGUCCAUCAUUUGACAGCCCUGAAGGAACAUGACAUCUCUCCUUUCCUCCCCAACACAUCCAUCAGCUGCAGGGUGGAGAGCACAGAGAGACACACCACACGCUCCAAGGUGCGUGUGGUCACUCUAUACACGGUGAAGUUGACACAUGGCCCGUUCUCAUGGACUGUGAAGAGAAAAUAUAAACGCUUUCAGGAGCUGCACCGAGACCUCUACAAAUACAAAAUGAUGCUACAGUUUUUGCCUCUGGGAAGGUUUGCCAUUCAGAGGCAGCAGCUAGAGAAUAUGACUGAAGAAAUGCCAACUUUACAUGGCACAGAGCGAAUGAGGAGGACCUCCAGUAAACCGAAAUAUCUGGAAGAGUAUCUGAGCAGUUUGCUGGACAAUUCCUUCUGUAAGACUUACCACGGCAUGCUGGAGUUCCUGGCAGUCAGUCCUCUCUCUUUCAUCAGAGACCUGGGUCCCAAAGGCCUUGAGGGCUUCAUUCUGAAGCGGUCAGGAGGUCACCGUAUCCAGGGGCUGAACUGUAUUGGUCAUCACCAGGUGUGUUUCCGCUGGUCACGGCGUUGGCUAGUGGUGAAGGACUCCUUCCUCCUGUACCUGAGUCAUGACCGCAGUCUCAUCUCCUUCGUCCUGCUCUUCGACCCCGAGCUGACCGUACAGGUUGGGCGGUGCUACACAGACACCAAACACGGCGUCUGCAUCGAGAACUUCAGCAGGAAAUUGAUCAUUAAGUGUAACAGUUACAGACAGGCUCAGUGGUGGAGCCAUGAAAUCCAGAGACUCUCUGAACCGUGUGACUUCCUCCAGAGUCACCGCUUUGAGAGCUUCGCCCCGGCACGCCCCAACACACUCACCAAAUGGUAUGUGAAUGGGAAAGGCUUCAUGUCAGAUCUGGCUGAUGCUCUGGAGCAGGCAAAGGAGGAGAUCUUUAUCACAGACUGGUGGCUCAGUCCUGAAGUCUUCCUCAAACGCCCUGCCACCACCAACUACUGGCGUCUGGAUGAGAUCCUAAGACGCAAAGCAGAGCAGGGUGUGAUGGUGUGUGUAUUGCUGUAUAAAGAGGUGGAGUUGGCCUUGGGCAUCAACAGUGGCUAUAGCAAGAGAACUCUGAUGGACCUCCACCCAAACAUUAAGGUGAUGCGUCAUCCCGAUCAUGUGGCAUCUGUGGUAUUCCUUUGGGCCCACCACGAGAAAAUGGUGGCCAUCGACCAAUCAGUUGCUUUUGUGGGCGGGAUUGACCUUGCCUUUGGGAGGUGGGAUGAUGACCGCUAUAGACUGACUGAUCUGGACGCCCCAGAAACAGCCAAUCACAACCGAGAAGUGGAGGAGGUGGACAGUGCAAAGGCUCAGUUACUGGAGGCCAGUGUAAGCCCAGUGGAGGCACAGACAGUCAAUUUGACCGGGAACACUCGUCUGUGGCUGGGGAAAGACUACAGCAACUUCAUUAAGAAAGACUGGACACAGCUCGAACUCCCCUUUGAGGACAACAUUGACCGAACUAAAGUGCCUCGAAUCCCCUGGCGUGAUCUUGCCUCUGUGCAUCAUGGAAAGGCAGCACGGGAUGUGGCGCGUCACUUUAUCCAGCGCUGGAACUUCACAAAGAUCUUUAAAAACAAGUAUAAGGACAAUUUCUACCCGUACCUCCUGCCCAAAUCUCACAGCACAGCCAUCACACUACCAUUCACUGUACCUGGAGCCGCUAAAGCCUCAGUACAGGUUCUCCGUUCUGUGGAUCGCUGGUCAGCUGGAACAUGUGAGCACUCCAUUCUCAAGGCCUACAUAGACACCAUUGAGAACAGUGAACAUUACAUUUAUAUAGAGAAUCAGUUCUUUAUCAGCUGUGCAGACGGGAAGACUGUCCACAAUGACAUUGGUGACGCCAUCGUCAAGAGGAUCCUGAGAGCUCACAGAGAGCAGAAGAAGUACAGGGUGUUUGUGGUCAUUCCACUCCUGCCUGGGUUUGAGGGAGAUCUCACUGAGGGAGGAGGCAUAGCCAUACAGACGAUAUUGCAUUUUACCUACAGGACAAUGUGUCGUGGGGAGUUUUCCAUCCUUGAAAGGCUAAAAGAAGAAAUGCAGGAGCAGUGGAUGGAGUACAUCUCUCUGUGUGGCGUCCGCACACACGCCCAGCUCUCUGAUUCACUGGUCACUGAACUCAUCUACGUCCACAGCAAAGCUCUGAUUGCUGAUGACCGACGCUACAUCAUCGGUUCGGCCAACAUUAAUGACCGGAGCAUGCUGGGCAGUCGGGACAGUGAGCUGGCUGUACUGGUGGAGGAUGAGGAGAGAGUUCCAUCACGCAUGAAUGGGGAGGAUUACCAGGCAGGGCCUCUUGCUCUAGCUUUACGGAAGGAGUGCUUCAGAGUUCUGCUAGGGGCGGAGUCAGAACCUGCCAUUGAUAUUGAAGAUCCAAUUAGCGACGCCUUCUUUAAUGACGUGUGGAAGAGGAUUGCACAUACAAAUGCCUCCAUUUAUGAAAAGGUCUUCUGCUGUAUUCCCACGGACAGUGUGAGGAGUAUGCGGGAGCUGCUGGAGUUGUCCAGCGUUCCUCCUCUCAGUCAGAUGGAGCCCGAGACGGCCGCCGAAGAGCUGAGGGCAAUCAGAGGCAUUCUGGUCUAUUUCCCCUUACACUUCCUGUGUGACGAGUAUCUGCUUCCACCUCUCAACAGCAAAGAGAGAAUGGUUCCUAUGGAAGUGUGGACGUAACAGAGGCCGAUGGGGGCUGGUGUAAAGUGUUCAUGACACUGGGAUCUGACAUUUCCACACGUAACUUGACAGCACUGUUUUGUGUGGUACCAGCUCUGGUCCCCUCCUCACAGUAUGUGUGUCAGACAAUUGUACUUUACAUUACAAAGUGGCAUUUCCUGUCAUUUUCUA